AUGGAGUUUGAUCUUGAAGACCCACUUGCCAGCUUUGAAGAACAGCAAAACUGUAGCAUCUCUGAACUCUUUGCCUGUGAAUCUGAUCAUAUGCCCACUCAAAAUUGCAUUUCCUUCCGUUGUGAAGCUGUUUCUCUCAUAUCACAGGUUCAGUUUUCCAGCAAUUUGGACCCUUUAGGAACUUACCUUGCUAUAAAUUACUUGGACCGGUUCGUGUCCAGGCGAGAAAUAAAGAAGGGGAAGCCGUGGUUUCUCAGACUCAUUGUUAUCUCUUGUCUUUCUCUGGCCUCAAAAAUGACCAACACACCCUUCCCAAUUUCAGAUUUGCAGAUUGAAGGUUGUAUGUUUGAGGCUGGAACUAUUCAGAAAAUGGAGAAUCUUAUACUUGGAGCAUUAGAAUGGCGUAUGAGAUCAAUUACACCUUUUUCUUUUCUGCAUUUCUUCAUCUCUUUAGCUGAGAUUGAACUCAAAGACCCAUCAUCAAAACAAGCACUGAAAGAGAGAGCUUCAGAGAUAAUCUUUAAUGCUCAUUAUGACAUCAAAUUUGUGGGGUUCAAACCUUCCACUGUCGCAGCAUCUGCACUUAUUUGUGCAUCUGGUGAGCUAUUCCCACAGCAAUUUUCUACUGUGAGGGCUUCAAUUGUAGCUUGUGAUUAUAUUGAUGAGGACACAGUAAGUAGGUGCUUCAGUUUGAUGCAAGAGAUGAAGAGGAUGGAGGCAAAAGACUCAGCCUUUGACUAUGAUACGAGCUUUAUAAGCACAGAAACUUCAGUGAGCACCGUCUGACUGAGUGUGCUGAAAAGGAACAUCAAAAGAAGGACAAUCUGAUUUUUCUGUGACUUUGACCAUUAUUAUUAGGAUUAUUACAUUUUUAUUCCAAUAAUCAUGAGGGAUAAAGAAGCCGAGGAUAAAAGGUUGU